AGUUUUAGUUUGAAUGCAAUCCAAUGCAGUGUCCGUUGACUGUUGCGUCACUAUUCACCGGGCUUAGAGCACGUGGUCACUUUCCGGAUGUGCGUCACGAUGACGUCACCAGCGCGUAAUCAUUCCGGGACCCACCUAGUGGCGAGCACUCGCGCGCUCCGAAGCUCCUCAGACAUUUACGUUUAAUUUAACAUUUUAACGUAAAUAUUCGACAAUUUUUUAUAUUUUCUUAUUCUCAUCAAGCAAGUGUGGGUUUUCCUCACAAUUUCGGAAGGAAAGCAGGACGCUUUUGUGAAAAGUAUCCGAGACUCUGAGAACAAUCCCUGGUUAUGGCUGAAAACAAAGAUACGAGUGUGCCUGGCCAGGCGUCGCCAAUGGAUGAAACUAUCGUCUUCGCAGAGGCAGGGAUGUGCUGCACGCCUGCCGAUGUCCUCGUGAAAUUCCGAGAGAAGAUGACGGAAUUUGAGUGUGAUGAGAUCCUUACAUACAAAUGGAUAUAUUAUUUCAAGAUGCGUAGUGCGACAGAAGGUGCCUCCAAUAUCGGCUACGAUGAUGAAAAUAACCACUACAUACCGGUCAUCGAUGAGCAUCUGGCAUAUAGGUACCAAGUACUGAAGGUACUUGGAAUAGGAGGUUAUGGCCAGGUGCUCCAGUGCCUGGAUCAUAAAACGAAACAACAAGUGGCUCUUAAAAUGUUCAAGCAUGAUUCAAGCAUCGUCCAAAAUACGUACAACCCGGAGAGGGAAAUCCUAAAUGUCUUGAAGUCGGUGGACGGCAAUAACAUCAUCAGACUCCUUCAAACCUUCAGAUUCAGGGGCCACUAUAAUAUGGUUCUUGAACUUGUCUUAGGAGGAACCCUGAAAGAGGAACUCUCAAUCACCUGCAAGGUUGAUUUACCCAAAAUCAGGCUCUACAUGAGAUCCAUUCUGAAGGCCCUGGUGAAACUCAAGAGUGAGGCAAUCAUUCACGGAGAUCUGAAGCUAGAAAACAUCCUCGUCAAAGACCAUGACACCGGCGAUGUCAGGCUCGCAGAUUUUGGCCUCAGCGUUCGCGAGCGUCGCAAUUUCUUCACGCACCGCGGCACCAAGGGUUACAUGGCCCCGGAGAUGUACCUCAAUCUCCCGGUCACGUGCUCAGUGGACAUGUGGUCCCUGGGUUGCAUCGCAGCAGAGCUCGCCACCGGGAGCCGACUCUUCACGAAAAAGCAAAUAUAUCAUGUUGGGCGCAUCAUACAGGUGCUGGGGCUUCCGCCAAUGAACAUCGUAACAGCCUCGAAAGUCAAGAUUAUUCGCUUUGAUGAUGAAGGUGGCGUUUAUUCCAACGGCAGGAAAACCAUCCCGGGCAGUGACCCCCUCGACAAACUGCUUGGGAUCGAAAAUAUUCAUUUCCUCCACUUUGUCAGAAGAUGCCUUGAAUGGGAUCCUAUUCGGCGGCUCACACCCCAACAGGCCCUGGAUCAUCAGUGGAUACGUGGCACCUCACCCGACCCGGCUGUGGUGCCUCAGUCGGUGGUGGCGAGCCCAUCCCUAGACCCAGCAGCACCAGUGCCUUCUGACGCACACGAGACAACUUAUCUCACUCCUGGCAAUUGCGGAACCAUUUCUGGACCAUCCGAUCCAGAACCCGUCCCAUCGCUACUGGCGUCCACCAACACAAGGAAGUCGUAUGUGACUGCUCUUGAAUCAAAUUGUGAGCUACCGGGGGACGUGAUCUCCCUAUCACUACCAACAUCCAUCCACGCCCAGGGGCAAUGUGACGAGUGGUCGAGCGGCACUCAGUGGGGCCUCUGUGAAAACAUCGGCGGUGAAGAAAUUGAGUCGACCAUGAGGCAACAGUGGGAGCCUAUUCGUUGCCCCAGCAAGGAACAUCACGAUGAGGGGAAGGAAGAUGCCGUCACCUUCCCCAGGGCAACGCAAGCGAAGGGGCCUCGGCGGAGAUUCCCACGUGUGAAGAAUGGCUUCCGGGCACUUCUUUGCUUCAUCCGGAAGUACUGCUGCUGCGGUGUGGGCCUAGUAGGCUGAAGGCCCAGGCAGUGAAGUACAGGGUAG